AUUCGUUCCUGUCUUCUGCUAACUGGACGCUUCAGGAACCGGAGCUGUACAAACGAAUGUAAAGCCAAAACACGGAGUGCGAUUCGAUGGAUUGAACCAAACCCUUUGCCCUAAGAUUUCCAAGGAAAGCCUCCGUGAAAGCACUAGUGCACCCCUUCGGUGUGUCUCACUUGAGCCGCGCGACACACGAAAGAGACACCGAGAGACAAGCAGCCUUGCGUCUUCCCAACUCUACUCGCGACAACAAACCCCCAACACGAAAACACGACACGACAAUCCCACCACCAGCGUCGCUCCUCCACCUCUCCCCAUCCCACCCCGCGUCGUGCCUUCCAAAAAACAAAGCACAACCACGAUGUCAUCACCGCACCCGCACGCACCGCCGACCAAAGUCGACCGCGCGCGCACCACCCCCUUCCUACUGCACCUCUACUACCGUCAAGGCGGCUUCCACCGCCUGGACGACUUCCGCAGCACCAGCCAACCACGGGACUUCAUCCAAAUCUACACAUGGCGAGACUGCACGCUACAAGAGCUCUCGAUCCUCCUUUCCGACGCCCUCCCCGCCGUGUGCCCACCGCGCUCGCGCUGCGGCUUCCGCCUCAUCUUUGCCGACACGCGCCACGGCGGCACGCGGUACACGAGUAAGGACCUGGGCGCCGUGGGUGGCAGUGGAGGCGACGAGGGCGCCGCGAAAAAGACGUUGAGCGAAGUGCAGUUUGUUGUCGGCGACUGGAUCGACGUCGCGGUUUAUCCGGAAGGCCAUGGGGGCGUUAGCGCGAGGGGUGGGUUUGCGGGCGGUAGGGGCGGUGUUCUGGGUCCGGGCAGGGAGAAUGGGUUCGGAGGGUUUAAGGUUAGGGGAGCGGCGAGGGGUGGGUUUGAGGGACGCGUGGGCGCUGGUGGUGUGCCGAGUGGGGAGUGGAGACGUGGGGAGAAGGUGGAGGAUUCGUUUGGAGGCACUGCAGCCCCACCGAUGGGGAUGGGACGUGGCUCCGGAGGGGGGCGGAGAGGCGGCGGCGGUGGAGGGAGGAGAUAUCACGAUUAGUAGACGCGUGCUUGUGGGGUCAUCUACUUCUUAAUCGCUACUUGUACUGUGUUUGGAAUGGCAGUGGAUGUUCAUUCGAUGAGCGUGUUUCAGUUCGGCUUAGUUUCCAGUAUCAUCCUCCGUGUUUCCGUUAUUUAUUCGUUUGUUGCUUCAGAGCGGGGCCAUAUCAGUGUAGAA